AUGUGGAGCGUGUUCCUAUUUGGCUUUCUGGCUCAUUUCUGUUUGAGCGGUGCCUUUAAAUCAAGAAUUGCGGCGGAAGAUAACAGCGAAGCUAACACCGGAAUUGAUGACCUUCAUUCCAUUUUGGCUGAUUUUGAGGUUCUGUCAGUGUCAGACCUCCACUUGCACUCCGUGAGGAAGAGGGACGUGCACUCCCCGUCCCAUUUAGAGCGCCUGGUCAGCUUCAGAGCCUUGCAAAGACCUUUCAAUCUUUACUUGACCACCAAGACUGAUCUUUUCACCGACAACUUCCGAGCUGUGUUUGUGGAUCGACUCGGAAAAGAAGUAAAAUACGACGUUCAGCGUCAGAACUACUUCACGGGGCACGUGGUUGGUGAAGAGAAUUCUCGUGUGCAAGCACACAUUGAUGGUGAUGAGUUCUCAGCUCAUAUUCUAACUGACGAAGCAGAGUACAAUGUAGAGCCGUUAUGGAGGUUCACAGACAGUGUUAGCGACGGCAGGUUGCUGGUGUAUCGUUCGGAAGACAUCAGGAAUCUGAGCCGCAUCGCUUCUCCAAAAGUAUGUGGUUACAUGCACGCCAAGGACUUGCUGCCUGAGUCCAUUGAGACAGUUUGGGAGGAGCCCAACGUGACGGACAAGAUGAACGAUUCUCUCCACAGAGAAAAGCGCCAAGUCCACGACCACAACAAAAACACCUGCCCUCUGUUGCUGGUGGCGGACUACCGCUUCUUUACACACAUGGGCCGUGGACAGGAGAGUAUCACGCUUAAUUACCUGAUCGAGCUGAUCGAUCGAGUCGACGACAUUUAUCGAAACACGACGUGGAAUGACGAAUUCAAAGGCUACGGAGUGCAAAUACAACAGAUGAUCAUCCACAAGGAGCCCACUCAACCUCCAACUGGUCGUGCUGGCACCGGCUGGGUCCACUACAACAUGCAGAACAGCCCAGUGAAAGGAAAGGAGGUUUGGAAUGUCAAGAAGCUUCUGGAGCAAUUCAGCUCGGACAUAGCUGACAACGCAUCUCGAGUGUGUCUGGCCCACCUUUUCACAUACCAGGAUUUUGAUGAGGGUACCCUGGGCCUGGCCUAUGUGGCCCCUUCCAAAGCGCAAGCCCUCGGCGGCCUCUGCCCAAAACCUUAUUAUCCAUCUCAGUAUGCCAAGAAGCCCAGUUACCUCAACACCGGCUUGACCAGCACCAAGAAUUACGGCAAAACGAUUCUCACCAAGGAGGCAGAUUUGGUGACCACACAUGAACUGGGUCAUAACUUCGGAGCCGAACACGAUCCGGAUGACAUUCCGUUUUGUGCGCCCCCUGAUGAACUAGGAGGGAAAUAUGUCAUGUACCCAAUUGCUGUGAGCGGAGACCAUGUCAACAACAAGCGUUUCUCCAUCUGCAGCAAGAACUCCAUCGCAAUGACGCUGCGUCAUAAGGCGCACAUGUGCUUCAAGGAAAAAAACAGCAAGGUGUGCGGCAACUCCCGAGUAGAGAAAGGCGAGGACUGCGAUCCCGGCAUGCUCCACCUCAGCAACGACCUUUGCUGCACGUCGGACUGCAAGUUUAAACCUGGUUCCCAGUGCAGUGACCGAAACAGCCCUUGCUGUAGAAACUGCAAGUUUGAGAGGGCAGGGAAAACGUGCCAAGAGCCUAUCACAGCUACCUGUAAGGGCAUUGCCUCUUGCACAGGCAACAGCAGUGAGUGUCCUCCCCCUGCAAACGCUGCGGACAACACAGUUUGCGUAGACAACGGCCGGUGUCACAACGGAGAGUGCAACCCGUUCUGCGAGGCCGUGCAGAACCUUCAAUCCUGUGCCUGCAAUUCAAUAGAGGAUUCCUGCAAAGUGUGCUGCCGGGGUCCGAAUGGCUCCUGCUCGCCAUUUAAAUUAUCCAAUGGCAACUUCCUUUUCCUACGUAAAGGGAAGCCUUGCACUGUGGGCUUCUGCGAUGGGAAUGGAAAGUGCAUGAAGCAGGUGCAGGACGUCAUUGAACGUCUCUGGGACUUCAUUGACAAACUGGACAUAAACACAUUUGGUAAGUUCCUGGCGGAUAAUAUUGUAGGUUCUGUUGUCGUCUUCUCGCUCCUCUUUUGGAUCCCUCUCAGCAUUCUGGUUCACUGCGUGGACAAAAGACUUGACCAGCAGUACGAGGAGAACACAAUGUCGCUGUGCCGCCCAAUGAAUCAGACGCUUGAGGUUUGUAAUAGAGCGCCAGUCGUAGCAAGAAAUCCUGAACAAUCUGGAGUCGGCGUCAGUGAAGAUCGUCAAGCCUCCGUCUUUCUCCUCCGCCGGCCCGACCGCGCCGUUCGCGCAGCACCCGCUCUCGGCCGUCUCAAAUCUGACGCCCGGCCCGAGCUACGCGCCCACGCCGGACAGCGGCGGCGGGCUCCGGAUGGCCACCAUUCAGGAGGACAACAGCAGCGAAGAGAAGCCGAUCCAGGGCGACGGCUACCCAAUCGCAGGAGCCUGCUCGUCGGUUACGAGAUCCUCCUCCGAGGACGGGAGCGAUCAGAGCCCGUCGGGUCGGGAGAGGCGGCGCCUCAAACGCCAGGAGUGCUUUGA